GCAGUGGCUGCUGUGGGUGCUGAAUCACUCCAUGACGCGAGCCUUUAUUCUGAAAGUGAACUUUUAGAAGAUGGAACUAUGGCUCGUUCCUUAACAUUGUGUAGUGUUUGUCUGCCUUCUGUCUUGUGGUUCAUGGUCGCCAGCUUGCUUUACCAAAGGAUUCAAGGUCAGGAAAAUGGGAACGGAAACGAAACGGUACAAGAUACUAAAUAUAUACAAGAACAUUUAGGGGGGACCACAGUUCUUUCUUUUGAUGCUAUUAAUGCAAUUAUUACCGAGGCUGCCUGGAGUCACAGCACAAAUUUAACUGCUAAAGAAGAUAUUGCUGUGUAUCGAUCGUCUCUUGAGCCAAUGUAUCAUCCAAAAUGGGGAAAUAGUCUACAUCUAAACGAAACAGAUGGAUCUUUGACAAUAAAGCAGCUACAGAAAAAUAACUCUGGGAAGUAUGAAGGCCAGCUUCAUGUAGAUAAAAAUUCUGUAAGGAGGACAUAUUACCUCACUGUUAUUGGAGAUCCGGGAGAUCCAGCAACCUCCACUGAUUCAACUGGUUUAGUGACUGGAAUUGUGUUAGUGCUACUACUAAUCGUGGGUGCCGUGGUUGCAGUCUAUUUUUGGAAACGCAAAAAUCACUUCAAAAAGGCAUGUGGAGAGACCAUCCGAUUUAACUCAUGCAUUGCAGCAACUGCUGAAAUUGCUGACCUAAAAUGGACAUAUAGAGAAGUGGAUAAAAAGAAAGUUAUAGCAGCAUUCCCAGUAGACACAAAUGACGCCGAUUAUGAUAAACAGUUUGGAUGCAGGUGUUUACUAGACAAAUCGAAUGGUUCCUUACUCAUUUCUGAUUUACAAAUGGAAGAUUCGGGUGUUUACGAGGUGGACAUUCUCCUAAGUAAUGAGAAGAAGAUACAGAAAACAUUUAAUCUCUUCAUUAACAAAGAUGUUCGGUACAAAACUGGGAUUAUAGGACAGCCAGUCACUUUGUACCUUGCUGAUCUCUGGAUGGAAGACAUUGAAACAAUAAAGUGGAGCUUUAUGGGAUUAAACAGGACAAGUGAAGAAGUCAGAGCAUAUUUUGACAGUAGAAAUGAUCGCGUCAAUUUGGAGGAGAGAUCCUUGUUGAACCCAGAUGUGGAAAUAAGGAAUGCUUCUCUUUUUAUUAGGGAUUUAAAAGAUACAGAUGCCGGUACAUACAAGGUUAUUUGUAAACCAAAGCAUGGUGGUCAAUUAAAGGCGACAUUUGUGCUCAGAUGUAAGAUUGAUUCAAGUAAAAGUGUCAGUGGUUAUCUCGGAAUGCACAUCCAGUUACCCAUACAAAUUUCAGAGAAUGAUGAAAUCUGUAAACUUGAAUGGAAGUAUUGUCAACCUGAUAACGACAAACUGAUUGCAACUUUCCCUCAUGAAACAAAAGUUAAGGCAGAUUAUGACAACAUGUUACUGUGGAAGUUACGUUUGAACAGUCGAAAUGGGUCUCUAUUGAUUGAUAAUCUGCAAUCAAGUGACAAAGGCAGAUACAUUGCUACAAUUGUGUUAAGAAAUGGUCAUUUAAUUAGUGAAACAUUUAGUCUUUCUAUAUUAGAAUGUCAAACCAUAAAUGGGUGUCUCACAAAUGAGGCACGUUUCUGUUUGAAAACAGAAUCAGUUGUGCAAAGAAGUGAAUGGAAAUUUGGACCUUCAGAACCUGACAACACAAUAUUUACUUAUGGACAUGAUACAGCCGGCCCUGAACCACAGACAAAUCCUAGGCUAAAAUUUAAAAAUUCAACUGGAUCUUUAAGAAUUGAGCAGUUAAAAUGUGACGAUGAAGGUGUAUAUCAAGCUGAAGCAGUCUUGCAAAAUCAGACGCAAGUAAUGAAAUUUUUCGGCCUUAUUUUAUGGGAAUAUAGACCUGUCAUUGGGUAUCUCGAUAAAUCAGUUCGCUUCUCUUUGGAGAUCUGUGAAAACGCAGAGAUUGAUAAAAUUCUGUGGCAAUUCAUUAUAGCAGACCAGACCAGGACAAUUGCAACAUACUACCCAGAAGGAGGAUAUGAAACAAAUACUGAAGAAAUAUUUGCUAAUCGAUUACUACUGAACAGAAUGGAUAAGUGUCUACGUAUCGAGCAACUGAGAGCUAGUGAUGAAGGAAUAUACAGGACUACAGUUUUUCUGAACGAUAGCCAGAGGCGGCGAAUAGAAUUUCAUCUUACUGUGUGGGAAUUGGUUACUAUUGACAGAAAUCUGGGGAUGCAAGCAAACUUAAACGUGGAUAUUCCAGAAGGAGAAACUGUUAAAGAACUUGAAUGGACAUUUGACGAUUCAGACGAAAGGACAACAAUUGCAACAUACUCCAUUGCAGAUGGUAUUGAAGCUGAGCUUGUUUGGAGACUAGAAGGUAGAAUAAGUCUGAAUCAGGUUAAUGGAUCGCUUUAUAUCGAUAAGCUUCAGUUGAAAGAUGGCGGUAUUUACAGAAUUACAGUGCAGUUAACAAACGGAAAGAAGAUCCAUAAAGAGUUUUGCCUAAAUGUUUUUGACUUUGAGUCUAUAAAUCUACAUGACGGUGCAACUGCCUAUUUGCAAUGUAAUAGACCAGGAGACAGGACAAUCAAAGACAUUACAUGGAAGUAUCUAACACGAGAGUCAGACCAACCCAUUGCAACGUUCUCCCUCUCUGAAGGCAGGAGAACUGACUACGUUGCCACAUUGCAUUCAAGGUUAGACUUGGAUGAACAUACUGGGACACUUUCUAUACGGGGACUUCAGCUUAGCGACAGUGGUCACUAUAGUGCUUCCAUCCUUUUAAGUGAAGACCAAAAUGUUCAGAAACAAUAUAACCUCAGGGUUUGGGAGGUUCAUGAAAUUAAAGAAUUUGUGAACGAGACACUAUGUUUAAGCAUGGGUAUCCCAUACCAGGAAGCCUGUAACAUUGUUAAAAUUGAGUGGAUAUUUGGCCAGUAUGACCCAGAAAAGAUUGCAACAUAUACCAAGACAGAGGGCAUUAAAACUGAUUAUCAAGAGAGGCUAGCAUCUAGGUUACAGCUGAAUAAAAUCAACGGGUCACUGGUGAUAAGAAAACUUCAGCCAGAAGAUGAUGGUACUUAUUGCUGCACAGUGACUUUCAGAGAUCCUCCUAGGAGGCAAAGAGAAUUUCACCUUCACAUCUGGGAAAGAAUAAACAUUCAUGGGACUGUGGAAAAGUCUGUUGAAUUACCCCUGGGAUUUUCAGUACCUGUCAUCAUGAUAACAUGGGAAUUUGUCAGAUCAGAACAAGAAAAAGUAGUAAUUGCACAAUUUCCACAAGAACGGCAAGAUGGUGAACUUUUUAACCCCCGGUUUCAAUUGGACACAAAAACAGGAUCUCUGAGUAUUAAAGCACUAGGUAAUAAUGAUGCAGGAACAUACCAGGCCUUAGCUGUACUGCAAGAUAACAAGAGAAGACAGAAGCAGUUUGAUCUAAAGGUUUGGGAAUAUCAGGCUAUUGAUGGACAGAAGGGAAUGCCUCUGAUUAUUUCUCCUCAAAUCCCAGAAGAUGGUACAGUAAGACAAAUUAAGUGGAUUUUUACUAGUAGUAAAAAGGAAUCAACUCCUUCAACUAUUGCAUUAUUUGACCGUGCCAGUGGAGUUCUGACACACUUUGAAGAAAGAUUUAAAAACCGAUUACAAUUGAAUGAAAGUAAUGGAUCCCUACAGAUCGAUAAUCUUAAAGAUGAAGACAAAGGGAUAUAUCAAGUUGCCAUCCUUUUAGAUGAUAAAAGGACAAUAAGAAGAAAAUUUGAACUGACAGCUGUGGCUGGGUCAGAAACCUGCCCUGUCCAGUGAAACUGUAAGACAAAGUAAUGUAUUACUAUUUUGUAAUGGCCUGUAGUUACUUUGUCACAACUGAGGAAGGCGGAAAGGAGCAAGAAUGUACUAGCAAUCUCUUCAGUUCCAGAAGUUUCUGCGGAAGGACCAGCAAGGGGUUUAAUUUGCAGUAAAAUGGCAAGUUAUUCUCUGCAGUCAGAAUUUUCAUUGACAUUUCUAGCCUUUCCUUGUCAUUGUUGAAUUAACGUGGCAAACACGUUACAUAUUACAGAAACGUAAAUAGUAAUGCCAGACCUCUCAGAAGCAUGUGACAUUAAAACACAAGAACAUGGAAUCUGUUACAGAAACUUAAAGCUAGGCCUCUGGAAUAAUGUGCUGAAUUUCAGCAAGCACAGUAAAAGGGAAUUUGUGUGCCACCACAAUAAAUAAUCACUAGUUCCUAAUACAGUAGCAGUAAGUUGUGUGUUCAAAGCUGCAUUAUGGCAGUCACUUGUGAUGCCAUAGUACUUUUAGUGUAUAUUGCACUGUUAGUUUGAUCUUUUUCAGCAGAUAUCAAGAUACUGUUUGCUUUUGAAGCUGCCUAUGACAACGUUACUGCUAGGAUUUCAUUUGCAUCCAUGUUGUGAGACAGUAAUGAACCUCAUAAGCAUUCUUUAUGGCAUUAUUAGUAAAUUAUCAGACAUUGAUCACUAGUGUAUUAUUGUAAAAGAAGCACUUUUUUUAUUCUGUAACAAAGAAAGUGGUAUUGAAUGCUAAUGUGCCAUUUAAAACAGUGUUGUUUUUAAGUAAUUGACAGUUUGUUAAUGGAGACUUCACAUAAAAUGGUGUCCAUGCAUAUGUGUAUGCACUGCUCAUGUUUUAUGUUUCAGAUUUGAAAUAGGUAGUUUUGGUAUCAUAAGGCACAUUUGCAGGAAAACUGCUGGACAGUUAAAAGGGACAGCGUGCAUUGUAAUGCAGUUAAAAUACAUUAUUCAUUUUCUGCUUCUCUGCUUAAUGAGUUAGUAGUGCGUUACCUUAAAGGGCAAGAAUUAUUUGGAAAUAUUAAGCAUAAACACUUGAAAUUUAAAAGGGACAGAGUGAGUUAUCAUGCACUUAAAAUGUAUUAUGUGUAUUCUGAUUCUUUAAUUAGUGAGUCAGCAGUGUUACGUCAAAGAGUGUGCAUUGUUAGGCGAUAACGGGUACCCCGAUGCCUGUCACAGGAGACAGUAUGUAAGCAGCUGGGUGGGCCCCCUUAUUUCUCAUUUAUGCCUAUUCUAAGGAGUAUUGCACUUAGAAAGGAGGAAAGCUUUUUCUAUGGCACAUAUGCAUUGCUUAGAGAUAUAAGGCUAUAUUUAUUUAAAAUGCAAGUUAGAAACUUAGUGUGUGUGUCUGUGUGUGUGUGUGUGUGUGUGUGUGUGUGUG